GUCAAUACACUUGCUACACUACUGGCUUACUGGCUUACUGGGCUAUAGUGAUUAGUGCAGUACAUACUACCUGAUAACCAUAGUGAAGUCACAUGACCACUACUUUCUCUCCUUCCCAUCAGCCCCUCUUCAAUCUCACUCUCACUCUCUCACUCCAUCCUUCCAUCCUUCGUUCUGCUCCCCUCCAUCUUCGCCCCAUCCGUGGGCUUACUCAUAGUGACUUUCAAGACCUCUCUUUCCCUUCUUUGAUGAUUUCGUGAUCCGUAUCUCCACCCAUCCCCCCCAUCUCACCAAGAUUGGCCAUGUUCUCCACCUUCUCCGCCAAUCUCAACUCCACCGAUCGCCCCGCGGAGCAACAACCCGCCGCCGCUCCCCGACCCAAACGCAACCAGGUCGUGCGAGCCUGCGACUGGUGUCGCGUCAAUCGCAUCAAGUGCGACGACAAACAGCCAUGCCAGAACUGUCGCAAUCAUGGCGGCCACUGCAGUAAUACCAAACAGUUCGAAGCCAGUUCGCUGCCCGCCGCAAACCGGGAGAUUCAUCGACUACGGAAUCGGCUCAAUGAUUUACAGGAGCAACUCGACAAGGCCGUUCAUGAAUCCAAAGCCCAACGCCGGCAAUCCCCGAUCGCCUCGAAUCCCACUACGACGAGCAUCACCUCACCCGCAGACCUUCCGAUCGCACACCGCAAAACGUGGGACGGUCUGUAUGCCGCGGGGUCCCAGACCGGGCGAGUCAUCCAUUAUGGGCCACAAUCCUCGCCCUACAUGGUACUGCGCCUCAACCGAUUCAUGUCUGAAUCAGCCAACCAACUCCACCUCAAAUCGCCGCUUCCUGUUCGACUCUCCCAGAUCCACCGCCACUCGCCCACGAUCUCGCAAGAGCAAUUGACGGACCAGGCCGAGUGGCCAAGCCUUCGUCUGGGUCUGACGGAGGUCGAGGACUUGUCUCGGGAGCAAGAAGAGCAUUUCCUGGUACUGCUCUGGCAGGCCUAUCACUUCAUGUAUCCCAUUGUCGCAGAGGAGGAGUUCCGACAGUACUACGACUCGCUGUGGGCGGGAACCAACGGGCAGUCGCCGCGACAGCCGUCCGCGCUCGUAGAUAGCUUGCUGGCCGUCUGUAUGCAAUACAGCAGCACCUUUUUAGCCGACGACGAGGACAUGAUGGACGGCGAGACGGCGUCGCAAGCAAAUCACUUCACCACCGCGGCACAUGCCUAUUACCGUCGAAGCCAGCGCGUACUGAUAGAGAGACUCGAAUAUCCUUCAAUCCGGACACUGCAAAGCCACAUCUACUGCAUCAUUUAUCUGUACAACACUGCCAACUUGGACACCGCUUAUGCCCUUCUCGGUCUAGCAGUUAGGGUUGCGCAGAUGCUGCGCUUGCAUAUUCGGCCUCUGGAGCCCACCCCCAGGGCGUCGCAGGAGCUGCAUUCGCGGAUUUGGUGGUCGCUCUACCAGUUGGACAGUCAGAUCUCGAUGACACUGGGUCGUCGGCCAUUGAUCAACACGGACGAGGUAGGUUGCGCGAUGCCACGAGAUACGGGUGACGUGGUGCAACUAUCGUCUACGAUGUUGGUGUCGCCCCCGGAUGAGGACAUCAGCUGGCUCAGCUUCCACGUGCAGUAUAUCCGCCUGACGGCCGCGGCGCGUGGGGUCUACACUGCAUUCGGGGCACGCUGUGCCGACUUGUUGAAGACGAGAGAUAUUCAAGAUAUCCACGAGGACCCAGCCAUCAUGGAGUCGCUCGCCGGGUUUCAAGGGAGCGGAGUCCGAGCGAUGUAUGACUGGGCACAAAAUGUCCCGCGCUCUCUCAAGAACCCACGCAAGGGGUCUGGGGAGGCCUUCUGCACGGAUCGCACGCCGCUCAACCUCAAUCCAGCCAGCCCGCUCUGGCUGCAGCGUCAACGGCUGCUGCUGGAGAUCAUCUACCACCAUCUACAGAUCGCCAAUUUCCGCCCAUUCAUCCGCUUUCCGCCCCGAGGCGCGUCUCUCACGCCUCUGUCAGAUAGCCACAGCAUUGCAGCACUGAACCACGCUGUCGUAGUGACGCUGAUCCUGAAUCAGGUUCUGUCCGAAACGGAUCUGCUGUGUGGCUGGACGUCGGCUUUCCAGUAUCAGUGGGACGCCACUAUCUGCAUCCUCUCCUUCGUGCUGGCCAAUCCGGUCUGUCCGCCGACCCCCGCUGCACGUAAGAUCUUGCCGAUGGCUAUGCGCACACUAGAAAAGCUCGGACAGCCAUUUGGCCCGGUCGCCAGCACGGUGCAGGCGGCUUGGGAGCAGUUCCGGAGCAGUUCCACCCCCCGCGGCUGGUCCCAACUCACCCCUCCCAGCCAAAGCUCUUCCGAGAGUUCCGUGGUUGCGCCGCCGUCAUCCGUUGCGCCGUCGUCAACCGGUCUUGGCCCCGGGCGACCGCCCACUUUGCCGCCCACUGAUCCCUUCUCCGGCUUCCUGAGCCCACUGCCUAAACUGUCCUCAACAAUGAUGUUGAAUCCUGCUGAUUUCGGCGACCCUGCGACCAUCACGCCGCCCCUCGAGCUCAUGGAUGAUCCCUCGUUCACGCUUCCGAGCGACUUCUUCAUGGGCACGGGGGGUGGUGCGCCGUGGCUGUCGAACGGGGCAAUUUCAGUCGAUACUUGGGUUGCAUACGAUGGAUCGCAAUGAUCUAGUCCAAGAUGUUCCCAAAACAAGAUACCCAGUCUUUUACUUGCGCCCUGUUCCGUAUAUCGAAUGAGGGAUAAUCUUACAAAUCUAUGCGUUGAAAUUAGUGCUAUUUUCUUGUAAAUGUUUCUCGUCUGCUAUGGGGUCUAAAAUAGAACCUGUGAUGCUUAACCUGGGUUGUUGGUUCUCGAGCCGUCUUAGACUUGUCCUCUGCUGUGUGACUGCGAGGAGAGCUUUAUUCCUUUUUUUCUGAAGUGUCGGUCAUAUUUCUGUUUUUGUUCGAGUGAAUGAAUACAUAUACCAGUCUCACAUGUCUGUCAACUUAUUGAAUAUUACUUGAUCUAUGCUUUGUUCUUCG